GAGUGCGUACAGUCAUAAUAAUAUGUCUUCACUGGUGUAGUGUGUAGACUGUAGAUUGCGAAGCUAAGUGAUUCUGGAGGAGAAGCCUGGACUUUCAUUUAGAUACAAAAUUUGGCGCGAAUAUAAGCCAAAACUAAAUUUUCCCGACGCUUUAUUAAGUCAUUUAUUUCUAGUCUUUAUGUUAUUUAAUCUUUUUUAUUUAUGAUUAAAUUAUAUUAUUGUACUCUUCCCCUUGUAUUUUAUGUUACUUUCUUUUAUCGCAGUACACUCUGCGCUUUUUUAUUAAUUAUUAUGUUCCUAAACUACACUAUGUGUAUUUGCAUCUUUGCCUGUAUCCUUGAUUAGUUUUCAAUUCUUCGAUUAGAUUCAUUUUACUGUGCGUAUUAAUUAUGUUGAAAAUUAGACGAAGAAAACCCCGUAUGACUAUAGAACAACGCCUCGACAUUCUGCAGGAUUUACAAACAUUAUCUCGUAAAGACGUUGCUGCGAAAUAUAAGGUGCCUAUCGAUACUAUUUAUAGAAUUAAUAAAAAUGUCGCUAAACUUAAUGAGUUUACGGCCAACUGCAUGGAUGACAAUCGAUGUAUAAUGAGAAGAACAAAAUACAAACUGUUAGACGACCGUUUAUGGUCGUGGUUUACAGAAAUGGAGGCUAAGGGAGAAUCAAUGUCAAAUAAAUUAUUAGGAGAAAAGGCAAAGGAAAUAAGUAACGCCAUCGGCUACACAAGGUUUAAGGUGACCCACAGUUGGCUGAUAGGAUUUAAACUACGUCACCAAAUACGCUUACGAGAUGGUUGCAGACCAGCACAAUUCCAAAUGAUUGAGGAACCUUUAUGAUUGUGGUGUACAGAAAUGAAA